AUGGAAGGGUUCUUAGAAAAAAAAAGUCCUGUUUUGAUUAAAGGAUGGCAAAAGAGAUAUUUUGUUUACUGCGAGAAUCUACUAUUAUAUUUUAAAAGCAAAGUUGAUUUACCUCCUUAUUUACCAAAAGGUAUUCUGAAUUUCAAUGAUCAAGGAAUUAUAAUGAAAUAGAAUAUUGUUCGAGUGGAUUAUUUAGAUCCAAACAAAAAUGAGUUUGUUAUUCAUGUAGGACUGAGAAAAUUUUAAUUAAGAGCUGAAAAUAAGGAAUUAAAGGAAAAAUGGGUAAUAAAUGCAGUUUGAUUUAAGCUUGACAUUUUAAAAGUACCAUUUAAUUAAACAUCUAAAACAAAGUCUGAAUUGUCGACUAUGAAUAAGAUUAAGUGGUAAAUUAUCUUUAUUUUGUAGGUUGGAAAUCCCUAAAUAAUCAAUAAUGUAAUUGUAUUUGAAAAGAGAGGAGAUUUUGUAAAAUUUGAUUCAAUAAUAAACAUAAGAUACAUAAAAUUCAUUGAUUAAAUCAUCCUAUAUUAAACAGACAAUAGAAGCUAUGGGUGAGAAAGUAACAAUUGGUGUAAUUUAAGAAUAAAGAAUUUAUAUUGAGGUUGCUAGUAGAAAAAAGCUCGAUUAAGAAUCCUUUGGUUAAGAAAAAGAGAUGGUUGUUGCUUUUUACUUCCACAAGUAUUGAGUCUUCUGAUUAGAUCCAUUAAUUUAUUAAGUUCAUUCCUCAAUAAUAUACUUUGGAUACAAUAAACUUAUUAAAAUAUAAUAAUAACUUAGCUACAUUAACAAGUAAUAUCUAUAUAUAUAUUUGUGAUAGAAUCAAUAAUUGAAUUAUACUAAAUUUAAAAUUUACAGAUUGUUGUUACUAAUGACUAUUAACUAAAAUUUAUGUACAAUGGUAGGGUAUUCGAAUUAGUAUUUCCGUAUUUAAGUGAUGCUAAGAAAUUACAUGACUAUAUUGUUAAAUGCUAACAAAUUAAUAAUAGUAUGCCUGCUUAAGUAAGUAGAACUAAUUAAAUACCUGUCUAUAAAAUGUAAGAUAGUAGAAGAAGAAUUAUUAAUUUGAAAGGGAAAACAGUUUUGGAGAAUUAGGUAGAAAAGAAGGUGAAUGUAUCACAAUGGAAAAAUGUAAUCCUUACUUUGAAAGAGCAUGCCUUAUUUUGGGAAUUUGUUGAUGCUGAAGAAUUUUCAAAUAUUGAAUUGAAAUCUAUUUCAGCAAUUGAAUAAUGUAAUAGAAUAUUCUCUAUUAUUGUAAUCUAUUGAAAUUUUCAAGUUAGGUAAAUGAGGAAGACAAAGUUUAAUAGUAAUUUAGAGUGUCAACAAUUCAAGAAGCUGAUGAAUGGACUGGUUAAUUAUCGUAUAUGACAGAUAUUGAAAUCACUAUUAAAGUAAUAGAAAAGUAGCAAACCCUUCAAAAUUACUAAUAAAAUGCUCUAACAAACUAGUCCUAAACUUAAUAAUAAUCUAAAUAGUAGACUUAAUAAUAAUAAGAGUAAAAAAAACCAUCUUUUUUUUAAUAAUUAUUUUGUUGGGGAGGUGAAAGAAAAGAACCAUGA